CUCAUAACCUCCAAAAUAUUCUAAACAACAAAACGACACAUGACGAGUUGUCAAUUUAACAAGCGGAUUAACUGUGGAAUAAGUGAAUUCAUUUGAAAAAAUGCCGAAACAUAAGAAAGAGGAGAAAGAAGACAAGGAAGCUGAAAAACCCCUGGUUGCAAAGACAAUUGUUGAUGUUCAGAGGUUAAAGCUCAUGAAGCUAAUGAAAAAUCCUGAGAAGCCGGUGAUGCUGCCAGAGCGACCCAAGUCCAAAACAACUCCAUCAGUUCCAGAAUUCGUCAGGAAUGUUAUGGGGAGCAGUGCUGGUGCUGGAAGUGGAGAAUUUCAUGUAUACAGACAUCUCCGGAGAAAGGAGUAUGCCAGACAGAAAUUCAUUCAAGAAAAGAGUAAAAAGGAACUUCUGGAUGAAGAGUAUCAGAAGAAACUCGAGGAGAAUAAAAAAAAGGCCGAGGAGUUGACAGCGAAGAAGAGGGCCAAGAGAUUGAAGAAGAAACAGAAGUUAAAACACCAGAAGAGACAGAAAACAUCGAAAACGGAUGAUAAUGAGAAGAAUGAGAGUUCCAGUGAUGAAGGUGAGCCUGAAGAAAGUGACGAGGAAAAGGAAUGCCCAUCACGAAAAGACGAGGAGGAACAGAGGAAUGGGGAAAACGGUAAAAAUUCUAUUUCCAAAUCGACUGAUAAACUUUCUCACACAACCGGACAAAAUAAACUAACAAAUAAUUCACAAACUCCAGAUUAACAUUGUCAAAAAUUGAUUUCAAUAUUGUAAAUGUAUACAUUAGCUAAUGAAUUAAUGGAGUGUGUUACAAAAAUAAAAUGUAAGUAA